AUGGCAGGAGUCGGUCGGCCGGCCCCGGCUGAGACGCAGGAAUUUGUGACUUGGUCACGGUAUCAUUUCAGAGCUCAAGGGUCGAUCACAGGCCGACCGGAGCACGCUUAUGCAACCAAGCAUCCGAACUUCCAUGACCGGAAGCGUUUUCCUGAACUCAACGACAUCAUACUACACAGAGACUAA